AUGCAAACGUUAUGGUUAAAUGGGGCAUUAAUAUGUGAUGAAAGCAACGCUCGUAUUUCAACUCCAUCAAUAAUUGCAGUUCCUGAAUAUCCAUUACAAAAUACUAAUAUCGAUGAAUUGGAACGAAAUCGUGCAUCAAGCAAAAAAUCUAAUUGGAUGUCUGAUCGAGACCCUCCAUCAGACGAGUCUAAAUGUGACUAUUUGGACCCAUUGGAUUUGAAUUUCAACCAGCUUCAUGAUAUUUACAUUGCCAGAAGCAAUCACUAUCAGUCGAAGCAAACUAAUUGGCCAUCAAACAAUGAAUCCACAGUGAUUACAUAUGCGUAG